UAUGGCACAGCAGCAGCCCAAAGCACUUGAUUAUUUUCUCUGAACACGUACGGCAGGGCUGCCAACCACUCCCCUUGGACCCGACAUUCCAGCUAAAGUACUUGGUAUAAAUACGAUCAUAUUUCCUCUGGGCACUUCCCUGGGACCCGACAUUCCAGAUUUUCAUCCAUUGCACCUUGCAGAACAUCAUGCUCCUGCUUUUUUCUGUUUUGAGCUUUAUACUCGCAUACAUCUUGCGAGAUGCGGUAGUCCCUCAUCCCGCACCUCCUACAAUGCGUCGGGCCAACGUCUCAGUUGUUACUCAGAUGACGUCUACCAAGUUGGCUGAUCUAGCACCAUAUACUGAAUUUGCUCGUGCUGCUUACUGUUCCCCUACCAUCGUAACUGGCUGGCAUUGUGGUCAAGCUUGUGAGGCGGUGCCUAGCUUCAAUGUUUCUCUCACAGGAGGUGAUGCCAACAGGAUUCAAUAUUACUAUGUUGGGUACUGGCCAACAGAAAACUCCGUGGUAGUUGCUCAUCAAGGUACAGACCCAUUCAAACUCCUGUCUGAUCUCACUGAUGCCAAUGUACCGAAGAAACCCCUGAGCGUCACACUUUUCCCUGGUGUCGAUAGCAGCGUCGAGGUUCACAGCGGAUUUGCCGACGAGCACGCGCUCACUGCGAGCAUCAUCUUGAAUGAGGUGAAGAGCCUGAUAUCCCAAUAUAACGCCCGCAGUGUCACGCUGGUAGGACACUCCCUUGGAGGCGCCCUUGCGGAGCUUGACUGCGUGUUCAUGGCUUUGAACCUUCCCUCUAACAUCGCUAUCAAAGGUGUGACAUAUGGUACACCCCGGGUCGGAAAUCCAGCAUGGGCAGCUCUCUUCGAUUCCCUGAUCUCGGACUUCCGGCGUGUUAACAAUAAGAAGGACAUUGUCCCGAUCAUCCCGGGGCGCGAAAUGGGCUUCUCACAUGUUGGGGGAGAGGUUCACAUCAUCUCUUUUGGAAACGCGGUUGAGUGCCCAGGUGACGAUGAUGCCACGGAUGCUCAUUGCACAAUCAUGAGUGUACCCAACAUUCUCGAGGGCGAUAUCUUGGACCAUAUGGGUCCGUACCAGGGGAUUCAUAUCGGCACGAUUUACUGCACAUGAUUGGCAUGGACUUUUAUUAUAGCUAAACACCAGGAAUAUAUUAUUGGUCUUCAAAAUUGAG